AUGGGUGAAGUGGAAAAGCUCGAAUGGAUUGAUUUGUACGAUGGGUUGGAACAUCACCAGAUCAAGAAGAGCAACUUGAGGUUCAUUGGCUUGAAUCAGACAGAGUUUGAUAAGGUGGAAAGACUCACGAACGAGUCGUUUGAUGCUGCUGUUACAAAGAUACGGGAUAAAAGAAAGGAGAAACACAAGAAUGAAGAAUUGGAAACCAUGAAAUCCUCACAAGCAAGAAUUUCACUCCAGUUCCCAUUGAUGAUGCCAUUGCCGCCAGAUCCAAACACAGCGGCUAAUUCAUUACCAAUAUCCAUCCCACAGUUCAAUAACGAGACAGAUUUAGAUACGGAGAAACCAGAGGGAAUUGAAGAGACUAAAGAUAAAGAUAAAGAUGGUGAUCUAAGUAUACCCAGAUAUUUGCCAUGUCCAUCAUCUGCUAAUUUCCCACCUCCAAGUUCAGAAUUUAAUGAAAUUCAAUCUGACGAUAAUACUCAUAAAUAUUCAUUUACAUCCACUAAUAACAAUACAUUAACAAGAAUCACACAGGAGCAAACUCAAAUAUUUGAAGCUCCAAGAUCAUCAAGUCCCUUCACGGAUUCAAGUAUCAUUUCAACUAGAUCUACAAAACGAAUGAAAUAUGAAUCCAACAUAUCAAGUGAUCAUUUUAGACCAAUAAGUUCAGAUGUACAAAUAUUAACUAGUGAUAAAAUAUUAGAGUUUUGA